GAGGUAGGCGGGAUUUCCGGGCACGGCUUCUGGCGUCCUUCCCUCUCAGGGUUGCUCCAGCUGUCCUUCCCGCAGUUGGCCCUGUGGUGUUCCGAAGCCGGUUACGUACGGCCUGAGGGCCAGGCGAACCUCAGGCUCUUUGUCCUGCUAAAAAGCGCAGCACAAUGGUAGAAGCAGAUCAUCCUGGCAAGCUUUUCAUUGGUGGCCUGAAUAGAGAAACCAAUGAGAAGAUGCUUAAAGCAGUAUUUGGGAAACAUGGUCCCAUAUCAGAAGUUCUUUUGAUAAAGGAUCAAACCAGCAAAUCCAGAGGCUUUGCAUUUAUUACUUUUGAGAACCCUGCAGAUGCUAAGAAUGCUGCCAAAGAUAUGAAUGGAAAGUCUUUGGAUGGAAAAGCAAUAAAAGUAGAACAAGCCAAGAAACCAUCUUUUCAAAGUGGUGGUAGGCGGAGACCACCAGCUUCUUCGAGAAACAGAAGCCCUUCAAGAAGUCUGAGAUCUGCAAGAGGAAGCAGUGGAGGAAAAAGAGGGUGGCUUCCCUCACAUGAAGGACACCUGGAUGAUGGUGGAUACACUCCUGAUCUCAAGAUGAGUUAUUCUAGGGGACUUAUUCCAGUUAAAAGAGGUCCAUCUUCAAGAAGUGGAGGUCCUCCUCCGAAAAAAUCUGCUCCUUCUGCUGUGGCAAGAAGCAAUAGAUGGAUGGGAAGCCAAGGUCCCAUGUCACAAAGAAGAGAGAAUUAUGGAGUUCCUCCACGCAGAGCGACAAUAUCUUCCUGGAGAAAUGAUCAUAUGUCACCAAGAGAUGAUGGUUAUGCAACUAACGAUGGAAAUCAUCCAAGUUGCCAAGAAACGAGGGAUUAUGCUUCACCAUCUAGAGGCUAUGCAUACCGUGAUAAUGGUCAUUCUAAUCGGGAUGAACAUUCCUCUAGAGGAUAUAGAAAUCAUCCAAGUUCCCGAGAAACCAGGGAUUAUACUCCACCACCUAGAGACUAUGCAUACCGUGAUUAUGGUCAUUCUAGUUGGGAUGAACAUUCCUCUAGAGGAUAUAGUUAUCAUGAUGGCUACGGUGAGGCCCUUGGUAGAGAUCAUUCUGAACAUCUAAGUGGAAGUUCUUAUAGAGAUGCAUUUCCGAGAUACGGGACCUCUCAUGGUGCACCACCUGCACGAGGACCUCGGAUGUCUUAUGGUGGAAGCACCUGCCAUGCAUAUAGUAAUACACGAGAUAGAUAUGGCAGAAGUCAGGAGAGUUACUCAAGGAGCUGUGGUGAUUUUCAUUACUGUGAUCGUGAGCAUGUUUGCAGAAAGGACCAAAGGAAUCCGCCUUCUCUGGGUAGGGUGCUCCCUGAUCCUCGUGAAGCAUAUGGUAGCUCAAGUUAUGUGGCAUCUAUAGCAGAUGGUGGGGAGCGUCGAUCUAAAAAAGGAGACUCGAGCAGAUAUUAAAGCAAGCAUUCAAAAUAAUAGUUAUUGCAUACCAAACCUUGUUUGCAAAUCAAAAAUUGAAAUGUUAUUUCUGCAUCGUUACCUGCAUAUUACUAAAAGAAACAUGUUGGUUUUGUGGAGAGAGGUAGAUACUAACUUCCUCCAUGAAUUUUUUGAGGUAUUCAAAGGAAAAGGAAUUGUUUUCAAAGUAAUUUCAUACUUGUUGAUGCUAUUUGAAAAGUGUUUAGAUGUAAUAUCUGCCUUGAAAUUUUCACAAUAAAAUUUUACAUGUACUGCAA